ACCAGAGAGCUAAACAGAGAGAAGCGGGUGCUCUCCAUGCACCUCCAACAGGCAGAAUGGAGAACAGCACUGAUGGCUCUAGAUUAAACGGGCAGACCGAAAAUGGCAGAGAGGGCUCUCGACCCCAACAGACAAUGCAGCUAAAGAAGGAGAUCUCACUGCUGAAUGGCAUCAGCCUUAUCGUGGGUAACAUGAUCGGCUCUGGCAUUUUUGUUUCUCCUAAAGGCGUGCUGAUCUACAGCGCCUCAUACGGACUGUCCUUGGUCAUCUGGGCCAUUGGUGGCAUCUUCUCAGUGGUCGGUGCUCUCUGCUAUGCUGAACUGGGUACCACCAUUACCAAGUCAGGGGCCAGUUAUGCAUAUAUCCUGGAGUCAUUUGGUGGCUUUCUUGCAUUUAUUCGGCUUUGGACGUCACUCCUCAUCAUCGAGCCCACCAGCCAGGCUGUCAUCGCCAUCACUUUUGCCAACUACCUGGUGCAGCCUCUCUUUCCCACGUGUGAACCGCCAUACUCAGCAUCUAGACUCAUCGCUGCUGCCUGCAUCUGUCUGCUGACAUUUAUUAAUGCUGCAUAUGUAAAGUGGGGCACCAGGGUACAAGAUGUUUUCACCUACGCCAAAGUGCUGGCCCUUAUUGUUAUCAUUAUUACAGGCAUUGUGAAACUGUUCCAGGGUAGUACAGAAAACUUUGAGGGGUCAUUUCAGGGAUCAUCUCAGGACCCAGGAGCCAUUGCCUUGGCCCUGUAUUCAGCCCUGUUCUCCUAUUCAGGUUGGGAUACCCUCAACUUUGUUACGGAGGAAAUUAAGAACCCAGAAAGGAAUCUUCCUCUGGCUAUAGCCGUGUCUAUGCCUAUUGUCACCAUUAUCUACCUCCUGACCAAUGUGGCCUACUAUGCCGUGCUGGACAUGAGCUCGAUCCUUGCCAGCAAUGCUGUGGCUGUGACCUUUGCUGACCACACCUUAGGAGUGAUGAGCUGGACAAUACCUAUAGCUGUGGCUCUGUCAUGCUAUGGUGGACUCAACUCUUCCAUUAUUGCUGCAUCCAGGUUGUUCUUUGUGGGGUCUCGGGAAGGGCACCUACCAGAUGCCUUAUCUAUGAUCCAUGUCGAGAGGUUCACACCAGUCCCUGCUCUCCUCUUUAAUUGUGCAAUGGCACUGAUCUACUUGUCAGUGAAGGAUGUCUUCCAGCUGAUCAACUACUACAGCUUCAGCUACUGGUUUUUCGUUGGCCUGUCCAUUGCUGGUCAGAUCUACUUGCGAUGGAAGGAGCCAAACCGGCCACGCCCAUUGAAGUUGUCCUUGUUGUACCCCAUCAUCUUCUGCCUGUGCACUGUAUUCCUGGUGGCAGUACCUCUCUACAGUGACACACUUAACUCCCUCAUUGGCAUUGCCAUUGCACUCUCAGGUGUACCUGUAUACUUCCUGGGCAUUCACCUGCCCGAAUCUAAGCGACCUCCUUUCAUCACUAAGCUGCUGCGUUCCAUAACUCGUUUUACUCAGUUCACAUGUUUCUGUGUUCUCACUGACAUGGACCCGGUGGAUGGAUCUGCACACAAGGAACACUGAAGCUCACAGACAUGCACUGUGCUGGACUCCCAUAUUCCGAACUGAAAACGUGUAUUCACAGUGAAGGUGAACGGACUGUGCAACGUGAUGCAGGUGACCUACACUGUCCAGCCUUCUCUCAGGAACAAGUGCAAUGUGCUCUACGGAGGAUAAUUUAUGUUUUUUACACAAGCUGCUGGGCUUGAUUUGUCUUCCGGUAACCAGAGGGGAGAGAUGUUUAUUUACUUCAUCUUGUUGGACUAAGGACUAAGUAAUAUUUUCAAAUACAUUGUUAUUAUUAUUUAUUGGCAAAAUUACUUUUUUAGGCUUUUCAUACUUUUAUAAUAUUCACUUUUGCUAAAUAAAUUUUUAUGUAAUUAGUUCUGUAUGACUUUUGAAACAAAGAAAUGACCACAGCCUUAAGUCGUUCAUUAAAAUAAAGGUUAGACAGUAAUGCUGCCAAGUACACGUCAGAAGUUUCUGCUUAAGAGUUUACAUUUGUGGUCAGAAUCAAACAUGCUUGGCAGGUAUCUUGUUUGUAUUAAAGUAUAAAAACGCAUCAGGCAUCAAUAAUGUUUGGGAUUUAUACAAAAAAACGUUACAUUCUAACUAGCGAUUUAAAAAAUUGGUGCCGUUCAUAAGCUGUUUUGUCAUUUUACCCAUUUCUGACAGAACUUAAAAAAGCAAAAUAUCCUGAUCCAUAGUCUCUUAUGUUAAACCAUAAUAUGAAUUUCUACAUAACGAUGAUUGACUAUGACUAUGUCCAUAAGGGUAGCCAAGACCCUGUGACCCUGUUACUGCAUUGCACCCAGUAAUUCUGGGAAAACCUGACCCACUGUGACCCUGGGCAGAAUAAAUCAGUAUUUUAACAUGCAAAUAAAUUAUAUACACAGGUGAGUUUUGAGUUUGUUACGUUAAUGUCAGCACAUCAUCACUUUUUCUAUGGGGCUGUAAAAUGUCUUGAGGCUUUGCAAGUGAUUAGGGAACAUUAGGAGGUUUUGAUAAUUGCAUGUCAUUCUCCUUUUUAAAGUUGUUCAACACUCUCAGAUGUAUGUUCUGAGCUUUUCAUAUGCAUAAUUAUUACUCCAAUGCCUCAACUGUUUGUUUUUAGGAGGACUGUUCAGAAAGCACUGUUAGGGGAUGGGUGUGGAACUACAAGUUGUUUCGAGAAGGAAAUUUGUAGAAAAUGAAUGUAAGCUGAAACACGCACACAAUUCAGAGUGGAUGCACUUUUGUAAAGUGCUGCUGAGACAUUUCAUAUAAUGUAUGGAGCAAAAAUAAAAUGUAAACUUUAAAAUUUUAA